CAUAGUUUCUUCACAUGCAAACUCAAGCAUCUAAUCAGUCUUCAGAUCAGGCUGGAAAAAUUAUAACAUCUGGAAACUCACAGUCACAAUCUGUCCAAGUUUCCGAUUCAAGAUCGCAUUCUGUAAAUCAAAUAUCAAUUCCUAUUCAUGAGACUUCUUGUUCAGAAAUAUCUCAACAACAUACAGAAGGUCUUCUGGAUUCAAAUGUUACUGAUAAUAAAACUUCUCAGUUCAUAACUGUCACAGUUCCAGAUGGUAAUCAAGAAGAAGGAAUUGUAUCUUUCCAGUCAAAUGAAAAUGUUCAUUCUGCAUAUGUCCAGUACGUGGAUGGAGUUAAUGAAUCUUCACUAUAUACCACUAACAAUUCUCAAAUGACAAAUUAUCCAUCCUAUACAAUUAUUGGUUCCACUUCUACACCAUAUUAUAGUACAAAUGGAAAUUCUUUUACCUAUUCCCAGAUUGAUACACAAGGAGCAACAGUUGAAACACAAACUCCAGUAAUUAAUAACCAAGGUUGUAUAUCUGGAAAUGUUUCCAAUGGAGAUAAUCAUAUUGGGGCAUGUGCAUCUCCUACCACUGUACAAUGGUUAAUUGAUAAUUAUGAAACUGCAGAAGGUGUUAGUUUACCAAGAAGUACACUUUAUAAUCAUUAUUUAAGACAUUGUUCAGAAAAUAAACUGGAGCCUAUUAAUGCAGCUUCAUUUGGAAAGUUAAUUCGGUCUGUUUUUCUUGGUUUAAGAACUCGUCGUCUUGGAACAAGAGGAAAUUCAAAAUAUCAUUAUUAUGGCAUUAGAAUCAAAGCUAGUUCAAACUUAAAUCAGUUAAGUGAAGUAGGAUCAGUUGCCUUAAGACAAAAGUCUAUAAGUCCAAUGAGAAGGUGUAAACAGCAUUCCAUGAAGUCUGAACAGUUUGAUAAUUCUACAGAUUCUAGGCAGCAGUCAUAUCAGCAUUAUUUAGGAGAUUCAUCAACAGUAAUUCCAGUAUUUCCAGAAAUUGAUGUUGGGAGUAUUGUGCAAAAGGGAAGAAUUAAAGAGGAGGAAAUUCAUAAAUUCUUGUCAUUAUAUAAAGAACAUUAUGAAGAUAUUUUAGAUGCAGUUGUAAAUCUCCAGUUUACAAGAAUAGAGCACAUUUGGCAGACAUUUUGGCAAAUGAAUGAUUAUAAAGAAAGGUCCUUUGGAUUAGAUAAGAAUAAAUUAUAUAUUCUAUGUAAAGAAGAGCUCAUAAUAUCAUUUAUACGUCAAACAGAUUAUUUAUUUUAUCAAAACUUAGUAGAUGUAUUAAUUCCAAAUGUAUUGCGUCCAGUUCCAGGCAUUUUAACACAAUCAAUACGAAAUUUUGCAAAAAAUGUCGAAGUAUGGUUAACAACUGCUCUAGCUGAUUGUCCAGAAGAAAUUGUAAAAAUUAAGGUUGGUGCAGUAUGUGCUUUUUCUCAAAUUUUAAGAAGAUAUACUUCUUUAAACCAUUUGGCUCAGGCAGCAAGAGCAGUAUUACAAAAUUCUUCACAGAUACACCAAAUGAUGACAGAUCUAAAUAGAGUUGAUUUUCAUAAUGUACAGGAGCAAGCUUCUUGGAUCUGUCAGUGUAACGAAGAUAUAAUUGAAUGGAUUCAACAAGACUUCAAAAAUACUCUUCAACAACAAAAUUCUUUAGAACAAUGGGCUGGAUGGCUAGAAAAUGUAGUAAAUGUAGUACUCCAACCAUAUGAAAACAAAUCUGACUUUUCUAAAGCUGCACGUCAAUUUCUUUUAAAGUGGUCAUUUUACAGUUCAAUGAUCAUACGAGACUUAACUUUGCGCAGUGCUGCAAGUUUUGGAUCAUUUCAUCUAAUUAGACUGCUAUUUGAUGAAUACAUGUUUUAUCUAAUUGAGCAUAAAGUUGCAAAAAUCACAGGCGAAACAUCAGUUGCAGUCAUGGGCGAGUUAAUAGGAUUGACUUUAGCACCAUUUAACAAUUUUCAAAAAAAUGCUAAUUUAAUAGAAAAAAGUAAAUAUCCUAAUGGUGUGGACGAACUGGAAAUGACAAAACUAUGUAAAGAAAAGUCUCCAGCUUCUACAUGUGAUUCCAGUGGAAUGAAAGAAGUGUUGAACCAGUCCAUAUUGGCACAUCUUUUAAAUCAUUCACAAGAAAUUUCAAGUAAAAAAGUAAAAAUAGAAUAAUAUAUUUUUCACAAACAAAUUUAAAGAGAAAAUAGAAUCAUUAAAUCAAAUAUCUUUGUAAUAAAAUUAUUAUAGUGUUUUUACACAAUUUCAUUAAUAACUUUGUUUUAAAUUUAAUACAAAAUCAGUUUUAAAAACACUUUAAAACCCAUGGGCAUCUGUUUAAAUAAUUUUAAUAUACAUCUUAUGCUCAGGGACAGCUAUUUCUAAAAUAAGCAUGGGAAAAAGCAUCUUAUAUCAAAUUUAAUUUGGUUUUUGUAUAUAAUCAAAAAAUCAAUGUAAUUCUAUUAUCUUAAGAUAUGACAUGUAUUUUUAAUUAAGAAUUUAUGUAUAUGGUUUUUCUGUAUACAAAAUAAUAUAUAUUUUAAAAAACAGUAUAUUGUGAAAUUUAUAAACCAAUCUUUGCAUUUCUUGCAUCAAAUCUUGUUUAAAUUUUUACAUUAAUUUUUAUUCAAAUCCUAUUUAAUUCAGAAUCUUUUAAGGGUGUGUUUGCACAAUAACCUAAUGUAAACUUGUCAAGAAAUGUUACUUGUUGCUGUAACAGUUAUAGUACCAAAUAAGGUGAAAUUUCAAGAAAAUAACAAAGAAUAUAUAUAUAUAUACGUUGAACCGUUCGUAACAUACAGCGCACACAAACUGCAUUUAAGCUUCAGUUAAAUUAUACAGAUUUUAAGUAAUGAAUUAUAAUAUCUUUCAUAUUUAAAAAUUUAUAAAAUAUUAUAUACUCUUUAUAUUAAUAAUAUUGAAUACAACACAGAAUAUUUUUUAAUGUCAGUAUGUUUUUAAAGAAAUGAUGCCAAAAAUAGUUAAUAUAUAAAUUUUUUGUCAUGCUAGUGUAUUUGAUACAUAUCAUUGUCUG